AUGGAGGCAUUUGGGGAGCGCAUCAAAACGCUAUAUUGGCCGUAUAUGGCUACUCUAGCUGCUAUUUCUCUGGUCGUUCGUCUCCUCUGUCGGCGACAGCAUCCCAUUCCCAUCGUUGGCAGUCCAAAUGAGCCUGAUUUUAUGGCUGCUUUGAAAGAAGGCGCACAACKGUAUCCCAAGUCUUGCUUUCAGAUCCCAACCCGCGACAUCCCAACGGUGAUCGUGCCGCUCAAAGACCUCUCCACCAUUGCCUACGCGCCGGAACAUACCUUGAGCUUGGGCCGUGAGGUUUACGAACGUCUGAUGGGUAGAUACACGAGAAUGCCUAAGAGCCACCACUUGGCCGAGUUUGUGCGCACCUUUUUAACUAAAAACGCUGUAAAGAGCGUGGCGCUGCUUCAAGCGGAAGCCGAGUGGGCCGUCUCGUCGCAACUGGGCCAGAUACCUCAUUGGAAAUCGUUCUCAUUGUUUCCGACGCUGGUUAAACUUGUGUCUCUGCAUAUCAGCCGCUCUUUCAUCAGCCCGCCUCUUUCUAGGGACCAGGCGUGGAUAGACCUCACGCUUAGUUACACAAUCUCCACUGUCACGGUCGCCGCUAAGAUGUCCAACACUCACUGGAGCCUGCGACCCCUUCGCGGACUUAUCCUUCCCGAAAGGCGAGAGAUGAGUCGGCAGUUCCAACGAGCAACGACGUUGGUGAAGCCUAUUUUGGCGUCGCGCCUAGAACAAGAAGUUGAGCAUGGCGAUCUGAUGCAGUGGAUUAUUGAUCACUAUCCUAAUCAAAAGGACGACGUGGUCCUGCACACUCAGCUACAGCUAGAGGCUGUACAGGCGGCUACGUAUAACCUUGCGUUCCAGCUCAUUCAUUUCUUCUAUGAUCUCCUGGUACAUCCAGAAUAUAUUGAGCCCUUGCGCGAGGAGAUCCAAACAGUGUCAGAAUGCUGCGGCGGACGAUGGACCCCGGCCGCGCUUGCUAAACUACGCAAAUGCGACAGCUUCCUCAAAGAGUCGCAACGAUUGAAUCCAAUUGGUCUCGUCAGCGUGAGUCGAUUCGCUCUUUCGUCUUUUCGACUGCCUGAUGGGAGCACUGUUCCGGCAGGCACCUCGGUCUCCGCACCAGCUAUGUUGACCAACACAGACGAGAUGCUCUGGGAUGAUCCCUUGGUCUUUGAUGGGUAUCGAUUUGAGAAACUGCGCGACAUCGGUGACAACGAGCAGAAGUUUCAAUUCUCAUCCACCAGCCCGUCGGAGCUGAACUGGGGAUACGGCACCCAUGCAUGUCCGGGGCGUCACUUUGCGAGCAAUCAGAUCAAAGUGCUUAUGGCAGCUUUGCUCUUGCGCUAUGACUUUCGAUUCGCAAAGGACCAAAACUCAGACACGGAGUACAAGAGGCCACCCAAUGUGGUGGAAGGGGUUCGCAUCAUGCCAAAUCCUAAUGUUGAGGUCUUUAUUCGAGAUCGGGUGGAGAUGUAG